CCCUGUCAUUUCUUCAAGUUUUGUCCGUGCCCAAGCUAAGCCAGUAACCCACUAUAAUAUCCACCAUUACACAUUUACACUGCGAACCGCCAAGUCGGAAGUCGGAAACAUUUCUUUCUGUGGUGUGCAGAGCUAACAAAGGUGCGAAGCUUUCUUCCCCAUUUGCUGCUGCUUCGCAAUUUGAAGAGUUAUUCAUUUCGGCUGGGUAUGGCUUCCGUUAUUGCAAGCUUGCCUCCUCUGCCAUCAUUGCUGCUCCGCGGAAGGCAGAGCAUUUUCGUAGCUGCCCAACCUCUCCCAGCUUCCCCAAUGAACGGGAAGCAUAACCGCGCUGCUGUUAUUUCAAAGGCUACUGGCGAAAGUUCUGAUUCAUCCCUCAAUAUUGCUAAGAGUGUACAGAGUGUUUGGGAUAAAUCUGAAGAUCGGGUGGCUGUCAUUGGUCUUGGUUUUGCAGCUAUAGUAGCUCUUUGGGCAUCAGCUAGUCUCGUAGCAGUAAUUACCCCCUUCUCUGUUCUUAAAGUUUUUGUUAGCCUUGUGUUAUUGGUGCAUGACCACAUUAAGGACUUAGAAGCUUUGGCUAUUGACAAGUUGCCAGUAUUCCCAAGUCUGUUGGAAGUUGUUGGCAUACUUUAUUCAACUUGGUUCGUGUAUCGAUACCUUCUAUUCAAACCCAACCGAGAGGAGCUAGUGGAGAUCAUUAACAAGUCGGUGUCAGAGAUAUUAGGGCAGUGAUCCUGCUGUCAAAUGAAUGAAGUGUAAUGUAAUGAAAGAAUACAGUAUAUAUCAGUAUUUGUUCAAAAAAGAAAAACUAAAAAAAGUGUACAUCAGUAUUGGUUGGCAUGACAAUGUUGUCAAGACUGUAAUAUAUUCCCUUGAUUGCGCAUGAAUUAUAACUUUGAGCUGAGGCUUCUAAAGAACCCUCUGCUUCUGUGAGUUGCUUCUCUAGAAGGGUAUCAGUCACACACUCUACUUUGUUUACACACUCUGCUUUGUAACAAUAAAAUCAACUAUUAUGGGAAAGUUAGCUUACCU